CUUCUCUACCUCCAUCUCUUGAGAACACAAGCACUUCCGAGGCUGAGACCGAGAGCACAAGUACAAGUCUAUUGACACCAGAAUCGCAAGAGAAUGAAGCCAGCUCUGAUAGUCAUGAUAGUGGCAACAACUCCGGCGCAUCUCAACUGAUCACAAACACCACUCUCAGCGUCAAUACCAAUCCGUUGGACUCUCAAUACCAAUCCGUUGGACUCUCAAUACCAGUAUUGUCCCUGGGUACUAGGUUGCAACUGCACCGAUAAUUGCGGAUGUGCCGGCCGCACUCCUCACGACCAAGAACACGAGCACGACGUCACAAUGCGUCCAGCCAACGGUGACCAUCCUCCUGCUAGACCAUCACAGGGUAGCGGUAGAAGUGGCCCUUUGUCUAAUUACGUCCAAGUCGCCAAGGCCUAUAUCUUUGAACAACAGAUCCAGAAGGCUCUCCAUGAUACCGGGGUCAGCCAGGCCAGAGAGGAUAGUAUCAGACUAGCUGGGGUGUUGUGGAUUGACAAUGUUAGAAGAGUUUUGAAAUUACCAGUCAGAACAUUCAACACAGCAGUCAUCUACUUCCACAAAUUCCGCCUUCAGCACUCCGAUGGAGAGUACAGCUUCGUGGAUGCCGCCGCCGCAGCACUCUUCACGGCCUGCAAAAUCGAAGACACCCUCAAAAAGUCACGAGACAUCCUCUGCGCAGCCCACAACUCCAAGAUUCCUCGUCAAGACCACCUCUCCCCUGACAAUCCGAUUUUCGAAGCACAAUCACGCACCAUAAUCGGUCUCGAAAGACUCAUGCUCGAAGCAUCAGGAUUUGACUUUCGCAGUUCCCAUCCCCAAGGCUUGAUGAUAAAGCUCGCCAAAAUGUACGAGUUCGAAAAAUCAUCCCCCGUCGCCCGCACCGCAUACAGCAUAUCCCUCGACCUCUUCCGCACCUUUGCUCCUCUCAAGCAAACCAACGCCACGUUGGCCUUUUCAUGCCUCGAACUCGCAGGACGGCUGCACGAUAUCGAACAUCGCGCGAUCUGGCGUGGCGAAGACUACAAUCAGUUCAAGAUCGAUCGGGGCAUGGUCAUGGAAACACUGCUUGAUCUGCUGGAAUUGUACACACACCAUCGCAUGUCGACCACCGUGGGACCGGAAUUCCCGGUCGAGAUCUUCCUCAACGUCAGAAUCCCUCUCAACGUGGAGUGCGAGGAGAAGAAGAUCCCCCGCUUCACGGCGUGGUUCGAAGGAGGCACCGAACGGAACGGCAGUACGAGCACCUCGAACGGGACGAUCGCGAAUGGAGAUCACCCACACAGCCGGAGUCGUGAUUCGAGCAAGAAUGUGAGUCCCAAGGACGUAGCCAGCCCCAGCACGAACGCCAGCAGCGCGAGCACGGCUCCUACGAGUGUCCCACCUCCCGGAGGAGCGAAUGCGAUACCUACGGGGACGGCUGUGAGGCAACGAAUGGGAGAGAGGGGUCGCGAAGGAACCGUCAGAUUCAUUCUGAACCCGGAUAGAGAACGGGAGGAAAGAGACAUUAUCAACAUGUACAAUCAGCCUUGAGAAGUGACUGUCCCCAAAGGAAGCAAUUCACAGGAGCAUCAAUCAGCCGAUCACUCACCCCUCAUGGGUAGGCGGAUCCAGUACCUUCCUAUUCCAUGUUUGUACAUUACGGAAUCCUUCGGCUGAGCAAAAACUGUCAUCAUUGACACGGCUCGACCUGGGUUUAGGGCAUCACUGAUCAAACCUGGCCUGGUCUGAAUCUCAUCUUGUGUGUACAGCCAUGUACAGAGUCACACAAAACACAAAAGCGAAAUGAACAACGGAAAAGUCAAAACAAGGCAACCUGUUUGUUCGGCGCCCGGGGAUUAGAGGGGUCGUCUGUCGUGUGCAUUUUUGGAGGAGGCCAUGAUUGUUACUGGAAAAAAAAAGGGUCUUCCGGGUACGGAGUACAGCGAGUAGGUCUGCAUGGCCUGCCUGAGUGAAGAAUUCCGGAGGGGGGUCUUUCCCCCAGGGCGUUGUCCAGAAAAACAUGGCUUACUGAUGACGGUUCCCGCGAGGGACGGCGAUGUCUUCCUACCUAUCUACGCAAGGCACCUCUGUGGCCUCUCCCUCUAGGCACCUG